AUGACAAAUUCCAAUUUUGAUAAAGAAUUUUUAGAUUUACAAAAACGGCUUGAAAAAUUAAAACAGCCAAAUACUAUAUCUCAAGUUACAGAUGAAGAAUUAUCUAAACGGUUUUCCGAAUUAUUUGAAAAGACCACAGUUAAAACUUCAAAUAGCAUUAAUAACACUGACACUAAAGAAAUUGUUACAAACUCAUUAAAUGCUAAUAGUGAUAAUAAGUCUUAUCAGAUAAUAUUAGAUAGACCACCGCCUAAAGCAGUUGAUUUGUCAGAUUUUAUUCUUCCUGAUGAAGAUGUAGAGAAUUGGUGCUGUAUUUGUAAUGAAGAUGCCACAAUUAGAUGUAAAAAUUGCGACAAUGAUUUGUAUUGCAAAAAUUGUUUUAACGAAGGUCAUUUUAGUAAAGAAUCAGAUUUUGAAAUGAAAUUUCAUAAAUACGAAAAAUAUGAAAAAAGAAAUACGAAAAAAAAACCUGUCAAAGAAAAAGAUUUAAGCAAGAAAACUCCUAUAAAACAAAUGAGUGACAAUAAUAUAGUAAAUGAAGUUAAGGUUGAAGAUGAAGACGUUAAAGAAGAAACUACCACUAUUCCUGCUAAUAAUAAUAUCAGUGAUACUAAUAACAAAGAGCAAAUAAAAACUUUGGAAGUAAACGAUAAACAAAAUUCGCAGCCAAUUGUCAACAAUGUAAAUAAUAGUAAAGAAAGACAACAAAGUGAGCCUAUUUCACCAAACCCAGUAAUUUCAACAACUUCAGGCGAACCAAAGAAAUUUGAUUUUAUGAAAAAAUUUGUCUCAAAACUUGUUAAUCCAAGUGUUGGCACUAAUGCGGGCAAUAAUUUUAUUGCUAAUAAUGAUUCUAUUUCCCAAUCUCCCGAGUCACAUCCUAUUCAAUCACCUGUCACAGAUAUUCCUCCUUUAACAUUAGAUUCUAAAUCUCAAAAUUCUUCUGUAGACACUACCACCAAUACAAACGACAACAAUUUAUCUAAUAUAACAGAAGAAGAACGUUAUGAAAGUCCAAGAGAAAUAAAGAUUGAAAAUAAUAAAGUUAAUGAUGUUCAAGCUCGUGAAGUGGUUGAAUCCGGUCAACCAGCAACACCUACUAAUAAUGAAGCAAAUACACAAAGUCCCAGUCAAUUUUCUAAGAUCACCAAUAGAUUAGGCAAUGUUUUUAAACGUUCUGCCACAACUGUUGUGGAGAAAUUACGUGAAGAGUUUGAUGAAUUAGAUAGACGUAUGUACCUAAAAGAAUCUGAUGUGUAUGAAGAAGAGUCGGGUAUUAUAGAUGACCAAAAUGCUGAUAUAAAAUCUAAUGGAAUUGCUGAACGUAAUCAAUUAUUAGAAGGAUCAAAUGUUAAUGAUAAUGAAUUAACAAAUGGUUUGACUAAACAAACACAGUCAACUCACCAAGCGUUGGCUGAGGCAACGAAUGCACUCAAUGAACGUGGUGAAAAACUUGACCAAGUUAAUGAUAGGGUUGAAAGUUUAGCAUGCAGUAGUAAUGACUUCUUAAGAAUGACAAAGGAAUUAAGCGAACAACAACAAGCAAAAGAUAAAAAAUGGUUUCCUUGGUAA